CCUCCAUCCAACUCUUAACGAAUCCCGUGUGGAUUCCUAUGAGCUAUUUACUACCUAUCCCAUUUGAUACAGAGCGUCCGCCAAAGCUGCCAAAAUUCUUCAUCACGCUUCAGAAGCUAUUUGCAACGCUAUUAGGCGUUUGGCUCCCAGACCGGGACGCUUUUGUACCCUCUCGAGCUGCCCGUUGAUCCCUAGAUACUCCUCGACCCCUGGAAUCUUCACCUCACCAGCGAGAGGAUUUCGUUCUGGAAUCAAUUUUUGGAGGGCAAUACAAGACCUACAACUCGAACUUUCUCCACUCCUUUUCGAUCCUUCCGUCACAGCUACAGUAUCCUCGCCGAUGAACGCGACCACCCCUUCACCACACCGAUCGUCCCCGGCCUCAGCAGCGGGGACGAAACGCAAACGAAGCUCUGCGGGGAAGUACUAUGCAGUCAAAGCUGGUUUCGAACCCGGGGUAUACUAUGAGUGGAAUGAAUGUCUAGCGCAGGUCACGGGGUACAAGGGUGCCGUCUUCCAAGCGUUUCCGACUCUAGAAGAAGCCAACGCGUUCUUGUCCGGCGUCCAACUCCCCUCUGGCAAUAAAAAAAAUGUACAAGAGAACGAACACACUAGGUAUUAUGGGAUCCAGCGAGGGCGGGUGCCAGGUGUAUAUACGGAUUGGGCAAAGGCUCAAGAUCAGAUCAAGGGUUUUACAAGGCCUCGAUAUAAGAAGUUUUCAACGAGGCAAGAGGCAGAAGAGUUCGUGCGUGCUGGCCAGGGAACCGCGGCUUUUUCAUCAGCGCCAUUCGUACCACCGGGGCUGAUGAAUGAACCCCCCAAGGAUGAGGCCGGAGCUACGCUAGAGCCAGGCGAGGGUCUCCUGCCACCCGGAGCGGAGGACCAGUUCGAUCCGAAUGUAAUUCUUGAUCCGGCAACUGGGAAGGUGGUGUACAAGACGGCGGCGCAGAAGAUAGCAACCAAGACCAAGGUUACUGGUCCGCCGGGCAUGCUCCGAAUCUACACCGAUGGCAGUUCCUUGAGGAAUGGUUCGAAGCUUGCUUCGGCGGGUGUAGGCGUUUACUUUGGCCCUGGUGACGAAAGAAACGUCUCAGAACCGCUCAAGGGAAGCCGUCAAACGAACCAGCGGGCCGAACUCACGGCCAUUCUUCGCGCUAUCGACAUUGCUCCUCGCCAUCGAGAUGUCACCAUCUUUACGGACAGCCGAUAUGCUAUUGAUUGCGUCACCGUCUGGUAUAUCAAAUGGCGCCGCAACCACUGGAUGACCGCGGACAACAAGCCGGUUGAGAACAAGGAUCUGCUCAAGGUCAAGACCCUGUUUCAAUGGAUCAAAGGCCAUGCCAAGGACCCAGGGAACGAGGCGGCCGACCGCUUAGCUGUAAAUGGAGCCCGGAUAGGGGUUUCGGAGAAAAGAGAAGCUUUGGAAGCCAUCGAGGAUGUCCCUGACGAGGCGUUCGAUGACGAGGAGGACAUUUAGCCAUGGGUGUAUUUCCGUCUCUCAUUUACUCAAUUCAGCUGGAUAUCCUACCGCGGAAUUUAUUUUCCUCUUGCCUCCCUCGCUCCGCAAGGUUAUGAUGCCCUUCCCCAGUAGCUAGUUAGUGCUUAAUUUUUAACUGCUCAACGCAAUCUUCUAGAAUAGCGAUAGAAACCCCUCCAGCAGAAAAAAUCUUGAUACGUAUGAGUUGGAACUAUUCCUUUCAACGUCGCCGCGUUUUCUUGCAAGGCUGAGUCCCAUAAAACCCCCGGUUAGUUACUAGCCCGUGAGGGGCGGAUGCAUCCGAUGCCCACU